AUGUCGUCGCGGUCCUCGCAAUUCGCCCCCUCUCUCCGCGCGAAGACGGCUUCGAAUCGACUACCACCCGCGGAGGCGGUGACGAACAAUGGCCCGAUGUACGAAUACUAUGAAGAACACCAGUACACCAAUAAAGACGAAGCAACGAACGACCUGUCACUCAAUCGUUCGACCAUGCCAGCAGCGAGUGACGAAAGAAUGCCGGCAGCCGCUGCUGGAAUCGACCACCAUGCAAUGCGCAUGGCUCCACCGGCAGAAUCUAAGUCGGCUGGAUGGAUCGAGGAACUCCAAGACGUCAAAUGGGGACUCCAAGUGGCUUCUAUGCACAACACGAUUCAGUUGGACUUGAUGGCUAUGCAGGGAUUGGACGAAAAGCCCGAAGAAGCCGAUGCCUUGAUAGUCAUGAUGGCUCGUCACCAGCAAGAGAAUGGUCUGGGGCCGUAG